ACAUGGCCGUGUAUAAUACCUUCGCCUUCCAAGCUCCAACUACUCAGCAGUCAGCACAAGCCGGAGCGAAGACAAAAUGGUGGCAGUGGACCCGAACGCCGUUCCCUCCGCCACAGCAGUCCACCACCAGUUCGUCGUGGUCGUCGACGGCGCCGAGACGACCAUCCACGAGGGCGUGCAGCGGUGCAACGGCGGCACGCUCACCGUGGUCAGCCCGGGCGUCCUCGAGGUGAGCAGGCUCCAGCACGUGGUGGUGCGCGGCGGCGGAGGCGGCAACGUCCGCUUCCACAGGUGCGGCUUCGCGGCGGCCGAGGCGUGCGGCGCCGUGUCGUUCCACAAGUGCGACGCGGUGCGCGUCGACGGGGCGACCGAGGUGGCCGUGCGGCGGUGCCGUUCCGCGGACGUGGAGCGCGCGGGCACGGUCUCCAUCCGGAGGUGCAAGGGCGCAGCGCGCGUGCACGGCGCCGGCGAGCUGCGCGUCGGGCGGUGCAGGGAGGCCGAGGUGGGCAGCUGCUCGGAGGUGACGCUGGGGCGGUGCCGCGAGGCGCGCGCCGACUGGUGCGGCGCGCUCGGCAUCGACCGGUGCCGGUCCGCGGACGUCAGCCGGUGCGGCGCCGUGCGCGUCGACCGGUGCGGCGGCGCGAACGUGUCGAGCUGCGGCAGCGUGAUGGUUCGACGUGGCAAGGUGAACAUGGUGGAUGCGCACCAGCAGCAGGGUUGGCAGGAGCAGCAGCCCUCGUGCCAGAAAGCAGAGCCGGACUACAACCUGCCUAUCGAAAUCGUGAGCAAGUGAACAAACUAUACCUGAUGAAACAUAGGUGUGAUGUUAUCCAUAUAACACUGCUAUUGGUGCACUCAUCAAGUUCAGUAUGU